UCCGCCCCGGGCCUGCGCCGUGCGACGGGGCCGGGCCAUGACGGACGAGGCCGUGAGGGUGCUGCUGCAGCGGCUGCAGGUGCUGCAGGGCGAGCGUGCUGAGGCGUAUCGGCUCCUCGAGGAGGGCCACCAGGCGUACCUGCACAGUGCGCCCCACUAUGACUUCCCCCGUUACCGGCAGCUGGUGCACGAGAUCACGGUGGCCUUCAGCGGCAUCUCCCGGGAGGUGCUGCACAUCGCCGGGCGCCUGCGGGACCAACUUGCCCGCCCCGACCUGGCCCAGCACCUUGCCCAGCUCCAGGAGCGGGAGCAGGAGAAGCUGCAGCUGACAGCACAGCUCCAGCUGGCCCGGCAGCAGGCUCAGGACCAGCCCGAGGUGGACGCCCAUCAGCAGGAGGUGCGGGAGCUCAAGCACAAGCUAAUUAAAACCAUUGAGGCAAUCAGCGAAAUUCUCCAGGACCUCAAGUACGAUUCGGAAGAAGCCGAGUGAUGGGUGUCCCCGUGGGAACGGCUGGAGGGGCCGGCUGGUGGAACAGGGGCCCCGCUCGCCCCCCACCCGCUCCCAGUAUGGCCACUGCAGCACCCACGCCACUCCAGCAAGGUGGGCAUCUUCCCCUCCACCCCUUUUCUUGAGCACAGGCUGGAAAAGGUGGAGAACCCCCCCCUUCCCCCAAGAAGUGGGGUCCCCCUAAAUCAUGAGCAUCCCUCAGCGGAGGGGUCCAGCGUGGGGCUGGCUCCCCUCCCUGGCACUGCCGGCCACACUGCGGCUUUGCCGGAGGAACAACCACAACCUGCAGUGCCAAGAGGCUGCCUUGCCUUGCUCCCCACUGAGACAGGCACUGCCUUUGCAGCAGCCCCCCCAAAACCCACCUCUCAGGGCUAGGGGUGCAGCUGAUCCCCGUGCCACUGCCAGUGCCAGUGCCCCCCCCCAAGCACCUUUUCUGCGGUCAUCCAAAAUAAACCUGUUCCCAUGGA